AUGCGCCAUGCCAAGGUGACUUGCCAAGAGAUCUUGGGCAUGUUUCAAGCAAGGGCAGCACUGGAGGAGGAGUAUGGCAAGAAGCUGGUGAAGCUAUCCAAGUCGCCCCUAGGCAAGGAUGAGGUCGGCUCACUCCGGGACUCACUGGACGUCGUCAGGUUCGAAAUAGAGGCGACAGGGAAAUCACACAUCGAACUCGCCAGUAAAAUGAGAGACCAACUUGAAUCGGCUUUGGAAGAGUUCAACAACAGCCAAAAGGACAAACGGAAACUCCAACUCGUCAAGGCAAAGGAAAAGUACGACGCGGAAUGUGUUCGGACCAAAGGCCUCUCAGCUGCAAGGAUGAAUCUGGUUGGAAAAGAGCUUGACAAAGUCUCCGUCAAGAUGGAGAAGACUGAGCUCGCUUCAAGAGCAGCAGAGGAACAACGGAUCGAUUAUGUAGGGACAACGCUCUGGAACUACGCCAACAUUAUCUCCAGUACAUGUGUGGCCGACGACGAAUCGUGUGAGCGAAUCCGGGCGUCAUUGGAACUUUGCGACGUCAAUCAGAACCUCCAAAGCUUCAUAGAUACAAGUGCAACAGGCGACGACGUUCCAGACAUUUCCACAUACAUCAUCCCAAGAAACAACGAUGGGGUUCCUGAUGCCGCUGUCGACAGUCCUGCAAUCUCGCGCCUUCAGACACAGGAAACGAAACCUCGCACGGUCUCAGGACCCCAUCAACCCAUCCCUAGUGCUGAUUCGUCCAACCCGCCAUCUCGCCGACAAUCGUACUAUUCUACAGAAGGAAGAUCUGACCCUGGAGGACUUGCGGCUGCUCAGGUGGACAUGGCUCUCACCAUUGGCGGCAAUGUCUUCAAACUGGACGCGCAGACGACCGCAUUGUUGAACCAGGCUGAUGACCCUGUCACCCCCAAUACAGCAGGAUUCCUCGCGCCUCGAGUCAACGGAGAUCGAUCACCGACCACCACGUCUGGCAUCGAUCCAGGGCAGUCAGCCUUGGAUAACAGCCUCGGGAUCUCGCUCGAUGUCAGCGGAACCGUCAAGGAGAAUCGAUUCCCUCACUGGCAACCACAGGCACCCUUGCAACAAAAUCAACAACAGCAGCAGCAACAACAACCUGGUUACUCCAUGGCAGACCCUGGACCUAGCAUUCCUUAUCAACAACAACGCGGCCCACCUGGUAUAGCACACUUACCCAACAGUAUCGCUCCAGCAGUUGCAGCUCAGCAUACAAGCCAGACCAUGCCACUCCAAGACGACCCCAACCGAGUUUCCCACCACAACGUGGAUCCGAAUCAACAUCGCCGAAACAUGACAGGUGCGAAUAUCGACCCAUCGCUCGCACAACACAGUCAGCGAGAGUACCAAGGGCAGCCAAGUCCAUCUGUAAUCGUUCCAGCCAUGACACAAGCAUCACACGAGGGGCGGCCGAUUCUCUUCUAUGUACGUGUACUCUACGACUACGACGCUACAAUACCUGAAGAACUGAGUCUCAGGACAGGCGACAUCUUGGCUGUCCUACACACUCGCGACGAUGGCUGGUGGGAAGGCAACUUAUUGGACGAUUACCGUGGGCCUAUGCGGGGCUUGUUUCCUAGCAAUUUUACCGAGCCUACAGCAUAG